AUGCUCAGGAUGGGAACCCGCUUCCCCCUCCUCCUCCUGCUGCUCGCCAGCGUCCCCGCCUCCCGCUCCCGGGGCUGGAGCGGGGCGCCGCGGCCGGCGGGCGAAGCGCGGCCUGGGGGUGCCCCGCGGGAGCCGGAGCCGGGCCCGGCCGGGGGCUGCUGCGGCGGCGGCAGCCGGCGGCUGAAGAUCGGCAUCAUCUGCGCGCUGGGGGCGCUGGUGAUGGUGAGCAACGGGGCGGUGAUCGCGGUGGUCGCCUCGGCCGUGGCGGGCUGGAGCCGCAGCAGCCGCCUCACGCUGCUCUCGCUGGCGGCCGCCGACGCGGCGCUGGCGCUGCUGGUGGUGCCGCUCAACCUGUACGGCGGCCUGGCGCCGGCGCCGCCCCCGCCCGAGCCCUACUGCCGGGCCGCGGCCUUCGUCAACUCCAGCGUCUUCGGCGCCUCGCUCUACUCGCUGGCCGGCGUCUCGCUCGAGCGCUACGUCGCCGUCUUCUUCCCGCUCCGCCACGCGCGCCUGCUGGGCCGGCGCCGCCUCGCGCUGCUGCUGGCGGCCGCCUGGCUGGGCCCCGCCCUGCUGCUGCUGCCCGUCGCCCUGCCCGGCCGCGCCGCCGUCCUGCGCGUGCGCUUCUCGGCCGCCGCGCUGCUCUGCGAGCCGGACUACGCCUCCAACGCCGCCUACGCCGGCCUGCUGGCCGCCGCCAUCUUCUGUCCCGCCGCGGCCACCGUCACCUUCGCCAACCUGCGCCUCUGGCAGGCGGCGCGCGCCCAGCGCCGGCGCGGCGACGGGGCGGGGCCGCCCGGCAAAGGGGCGGGGCUGAGGCGGCUCCGCCUGCUGCAGCUGGACGCCGCCUCCCGGGUCCUAGUGCCCGUGGUCGUCGCCUUCUACGUGUGCUGGGGACCCUGCAUGGCCACCAUCCUGUACAACGCAAUCACGAAGGACAGAGUCCACGAGUGGCUGGAGUUCGUGGCCCUCUGGCUGCCUAGCGGCAGUGGCUUCCUCAACUGCUUUGUCUACUUCUGGACCAACAGGAACUUCAGGCACAAGUUCCAGAAGAUCGGGCACAAGCUCUGUGGGCCCUGCAGCCGAGUCAAGUGGGAGCAGGACGUGCACAGGAUGGUCACCAUCAGUGCAGCGGUGGAGAGGCGCAGCAGCCAGCCUGCUCUCCUCCCAGACCGCUCCUGCAGCGGGUCUUCCACCAGCACCUUACUGCCCAGAGAAGCACAAACUAGCCUAUAAGCUACUUUGACACCUUCUGCGUCAGCUGCAGUGUCUACGAAAGGCCGUUGUUGUGCUGGGUUCUAUACGGUGCAUCAGGCUCUUUGUGGCCUGCAAGACCUGCGAACACCUGGCUUUGUCGAGAGCCUGGAUGCUUGUGCGGCAGAAGGAGCUGCUGCCUCCUCCUGGGCUGGGGCUGCUCUGGCUGUGGGGAAGGAAAUUGUCAAGUCACCAGAGGAGGCCAAGCGUCUUUCCGUGAGCUUCACCAAAUGGUGUCAGUGGAGAAAUAUACAAAGAGUGUUUGGGUUAAGGAGCCCGUCCUGGGAAGGGGUUUUGUGUGGGGAACUGGUCACAGCAUGGACGUGAGCUUCUGCUGUGAACGAAACAGGAACAGGACAUCCACUCGGAGCGAAGUGCCCUGGCCCCUCCCAGCCAGGGGCAGAGAAGGUAUAAAGUCCCUGCAGCCCCAGUCUGGGAUUCUGUAGAUCACAGACAGCUGCCUCUCCAUCAGUGCAGUGUGACAAGUCUCCCUCUGAGCCAAAGGGGAUGUGGUCCUCUCCCCAACAAGCCAGGUCACUCCAGAGUACCUGAUGGGUUGGCAGUAAUGGCUAGUGCCAGGUGUGCAGGAGAGGGCUGGGUGAAGCUUAAGGGCUGAGGGGAAGGUGUGAGAUCGACUGCAAAAGGGACUGUCGAGCAGGCAUUGCGGUUCCUGCCCCGUGGCUAUUGCACCCGCCAUGUGAUCACUUCUGAAACCUGCCCAAGGGCCUGCUGCAGUGCUGCUCUGGCUGCAGACUUGCCUACCUCCAUUCCCCAGGCUCAGAUUCUGCCUCCUGCUCCAUUUGCCAUCCCAGCUGGGUGAUCCUCCUUCCCUUCCCCUCCCCUCUCACUUCACGGGGACCCUGGACAUAGAAGGACACAAACUCACUUUGGGGGGAUACUUUUAAAAGAGAACUGCAGCUUCUGGCACGACAGUCUGUCUGGUUUUAACACCUUUUUACUUCUGCCAUGUGGAUGUUGGGGGUUUUUAGAGUAGGUUUUAGUUAAAUUGGAUAAAUUCUCAUCGUCCAUGUGUUUGAUCAAUCUGGACAAAGGACUCCAGGUCACAGGGGUGGAACUUUAGGGAGCCCCUUGCUGACAGCACUGACUUUGGGUGCUCUCCUAAGCUGUGUCCUGGUGCAAAGGAAGGAGCAGCAGGCUGAUGGGUAGCCUCACUCCUCCACUGUAUGGCUGGGGGGUUUGCUAGGCUGAAUGUCCCAUCCUAAUUGAAGUAUCCCCUCCUGAAGCUCCCGCCCUUGCGCUUUGCUGGCCCACUCCCCAGAAACCGGUGAGGAAAUUGACAUUUUGUAAUUGGUUAACCAGACUUUUAGUGACUUGGGAUGGUAAUGGAGAAAGGUCAGGAGAUGGAGCUCUUCCUCCAUUCUCCCCUCUCACUUCUAGCCAGACCAGAGGAUUAAAUGAACAAACCCAGAAAGAUGAAGUGAGCAAACCGAGUGUGUAGCAAUCUGGGAAGUGCAGCUGCGGUUAAGGCCCUGGGCAGUUUCUUUGCUCUUUUCCAAGGUGAAUUCUUCCAGCCCCUGAAACCUCCCCAUUCAGGGAAAGGCUGGGCUUUCCCAUUGUCAACAAAUAUUAAGUCUUAAAGCGAAUGUGUGAUGUCACAAGGAAAGCAGUAGUGCAGUAAUGCUGGGUUAGAGCAAAAUGGCCUCUGCUCUCCAUUGCCACUUGAAUUAGAGAAUUUUUCUCUUAAUGUUGAAUUGUAAAUAGCCAUUUUAUCUGUUCUCCCUCCCCAGUGUUCCUGCUGCUUGUUCAGGGCAGGUUCUGCCAUUCCGCCCCCCUCCCCCUCCCCCCCCAGUGAUUUAUACAUCAGGGACCAGUGGAAACUGCAUCAAAUGGAAAUAGUAUUUGUAACUGACUUGGUCAAGUGUAUAUUGUAGGGGAUUUGGAAAAAGCUGUACUGUGGAGUCUCUUCUGUCCUGUUUGCACCAAACCCUCUUUACAUGCACACUAUUUUUUAUUACUGUCUAAGGUAUAUUUUUAUCUCUUGGAUUUGGAGCUGUAUGUAAGUAGAUCCCCCCCCCCCGCCCCUUAAAUGUUAUAUUUCUGGGGAAAAAAAGAUUUAAUUAA